AUGGGCGGCGCGUGGAAACCAUACAUUUACGGUCUUGCGCCAUGCACGGGUGGCGUGGCAUUUGGUUAUGAUACUGGUUCAAUGAGUGGUAUUCUUGCAAUGCCACAGUUUCUUUCUUACAUGAACCACCCAGGCGAUUUCCUGCAGGGUGGAAUUACGGCGUCGAUUCAGGCGGGUUCUUUUGCUGGGUCGCUUCUAACGGGUGCGCUGCUAGCUGAUCGACUGGGUCGUCGAAAGACUAUCCUGUUGGGAUCUUUGAUCUUCACGAUUGGUGUCGCUAUCUCGACGGCUGCGAAUAAUGUCACUGCUCUUGUCGCUGGUCGGGUCAUCAAUGGUCUAGGCAACGGGUGCUUGGCAAUGAUGGUUCCCCUCUACCAAAGUGAAAUUUCUCCUCCACAAAUCCGCGGCCGCAUUGUCUCCCUCCAACAAUGCUGUAUCAACUUGGGAAUCCUCGUCGCCUUCUGGAUCCAAUACGGCUCCAGCUACCUUAGUGGAGAUGCCUCUUGGCGCCUGGCACUCGGUCUCCAAAUGAUCCCCACCGUUACCCUCCACUUGACGAUGUAUUUUAUGCCCGAGUCACCUCGCUGGCUAGCUCAGCGCGACGAGCACGAGAAGGCAUUGAAAGCUCUUGCUCAGAUGCACUCUAACGGAGAUAUCAACGAUCCGUUCGUCCAGGCAGAGCUAGCCGAAAUCGAAUCGAAGAUUCAGUGGGAGAAACAGAAUCCGCCUCCGGGAUACCUCGAGUUGCUUGUUGGUCGUGACCGCCGUCGUACAUGGCUUGGAAUCGGAGUGCAAUUUUGGCAACAAGUUACCGGCGUUAAUGUGAUCAUGUACUACGCCGUCUUCCUCUUCCAACAAGCCGGCAUCAGCGGAACCCAAGCCUCCCUUCUCGCCAACGGAAUCCAGGGCGUCGUUCUGAACGUCUUCACAUGGCCCAACAUGUACUGGAUGGAUACCUGGGGCCGUCGAACUCCGAUGGUCAUCGGUGGCGUGGGAAUGGGAAUCUCAAUGAUGCUUAUUGGAACAAUAAUGAAAACAAAAGGAAACCCAAUUUUCAACCCUGUCACCCAAAAGACAAACUUCGACUUCGCCAGCAAAUCUGCCUCAAAUGCGACUAUUGCAUUUGUAUAUGUCUAUGUCAUGACCUUCGCCCUGACAUGGGCUUGCGUGGCUUGGGUUUAUCCCCCAGAGCUGUUCACCACAGGCUCGCGUGGUCGUGGAACAUCCAUGACUUCAGCGACUAAUUGGUUUGUUAACUUCUGGUUCGCGCUUUAUAUCCCGACUGCGAUGAAUAAGAUCUCAUGGAAACUAUACAUGGUCUUCAUGACCCUUUGCUUUACCAUGGCAAUCGUGGUGUUCUUCUUCUACCCAGAAACUGCACAGAAAACGCUCGAGGAGGUAGAUUUCCUCUUCUCGAAAGACCGAACUAUCUGGGUUUUCCGCGAUCGCGAGGCGCGCAAAGUCGGCGCUAUUUUCGAGCGCGAUAUGGCGCAUGGUGAAGCUCUCACCAAAUUCGAUGGUAAAGUUGCUGGAACCGCGAUGGUUGACCAUGUCGAGUAUGAAGCGCAUGCAACACAGAUGGCGAAUUCGUCAGUUGUGAAUAAUGCUGCAGUAUGA